AUGCGCAUUGUCGGUGGGAUUACCGCCACCCUGGGCCUUAUAGGGGCAGUCUCCGCAAACUUACACGCUCGCCCCCAAGAAACCCGCGACUUCAUCGCCCUCCACCUUGACGAUACCACAUCUCCUUCCCACAUCGCACAAGUUCUAGGUGCACGCCAUGAAGGUCAGAUCGGACAACUAGAAGGCCACCAUUCUUUUUCUUUCCCACGGGAACAGUCAGCACAGUUUGAUACCCUGUUGGAUGAUUUGCGGGCAAAGAGGAAGCUCCGGCGGCGGUCCGAUGGAAUCACCUCGCGCGAAACAAGUGACGAUCCCUUAGACCGAAUUCUGUGGUCGCAUAAAAUCGCUUCACCUACACAACGGUUGUAUAAACGACUUCCGCCCGUCUCCGUGCCCUAUAAAUCGCUGGAGAAGAGAAAGCAGAAUGCGCAGGUCGUUGCCUUCCAGAAAAAGGCUAUGUCAUCUCUGGGGAUCAGUGACCCGAUCUUCACAGACCAAUGGCACCUUCUCAACACGAUUGAAACUGGACACGAUCUCAAUGUGACAGGGCUCUGGUUGGAGGGUAUCACUGGCAAGGGCGUUGUUACUGCAGUUGUCGACGACGGAUUGGACAUGAACAGCAACGAUCUCAAGCCCAAUUACUUUCCAGAGGGCUCCUGGGAUUUCAACUCACAGGGACCAAAUCCCUUCCCUGUUUUGCCUGAAGACAGACAUGGCACUCGAUGUUGUGGCGAGAUCGCGGCGGCGAAGAACGAUGUUUGUGGAGUUGGUGUCGCGUAUGACAGCAAAAUAGCUGGAGUGCGGAUGUUGUCUGCACCUGUCAGUGAUGUCGAUGAGGCUCGUGCUAUUGCAUUUGCCUACCAGAAGAAUGAUAUAUAUUCAUGUUCAUGGGGCCCCAUGGACGAUGGCACCACUAUGGAAGGGCCGGGAAUCCUGAUCAAACGAGCUAUGGCUGACGCCGUGGAAAACGGCAGAGGAGGCAAGGGCUCAAUUUACGUCUUUGCCGCCGGUAAUGGUGCAGAAAGUGGGGAUAACUGUAACUUUGACGGGUACACCAACAGUAUCUACAGUAUUACAGUCGGUGCCAUUGACCGGGAAGGAUCACACCCGGCAUACUCGGAGUCAUGUUCGGCCCAGCUUGUGGUUGCCUACAGUAGUGGUGCAGGAGAUGCCAUUCACACUACCGACGUGGGCACUUCCAAGUGCUACAAUGGUCAUGGUGGCACUUCCGCGGCUGGUCCGUUGGCCGCAGGCAGCGUGGCACUCGCACUUAGCGUACGCCCAGAGCUGACUUGGCGUGAUGUGCAACACUUGAUGGUGGAAACAGCGGUUCCUGUGAGCGUGGACGACGGCAGCUGGCAGAACCUGCCAUCUGGCCGCAAGUUCAGUCAUGAUUGGGGAUUCGGAAAGGUCGACACCUAUACCAUGGUCCAGCUUGCUAAGACGUGGGAUCUCGUGAAGCCACAAGCGUGGCUCCACUCGCCAUGGCUGCGAGUACACCAAGAUAUCCCCCAGGGUGACCAGGGUCUGCUCAGUCGCUAUACAGUAACAGCUGAUCAAAUGCAAAAAGCCAAUAUUGCCCGACUGGAACAUGUUUCUGUGACGAUGAAUGUCAACCACACCCGCCGUGGCGAUCUCAGUGUUGAAUUACGCAGCCCUGCGGGAAUCGUCAGCUAUCUGAGUGUCUCACGCGCAGGUGAUAAGGCGACUACUGGAUAUGUAGAUUGGACUUUCAUGUCUGUCGCUCAUUGGGGUGAAUCACCUGUGGGUGAGUGGUCGGUCAUCGUGAAAGACGCCCAAGUCAAUGAUGACUCGGGCACAUUCAUUGAUUGGCGACUCAAUCUCUGGGCCGAGGCUGCGGAUGGAACAAAGCAGAAGCCCCACCCCUUGCCCGAAGAGCACGAGAAUGACCACCCCUAUGAAGAUGCUCAUGUAGCCACGACUAGCGUUACGUCGGUUCCGAUAAAGACCGGAGCCCCCGCAAACCCGGGUGACCAACAUGACCGGCCCGUGAAGCCAAAGCCACAGCCAACACCCACGGAGCACACAGAGCCCACGGAGCCAACAAAGCCCACAGAGCCAACAAAGCCCACAGAGCCAACAAAGGCCGCGGAGCCAACAAAGGCCGCGGAACCAACAGAGAUCACGAAGCCAGUGGAAGAUGAGAAGGAGCCAACUAGCACCAUCGGUAAUGAAGCCCCCUCACCUUCCUCCUCUGGAUCAGGCUAUAUAUCCUCCUAUCUCCCCACCUUUGGCGCUUCGAAGCGCACGCAGAUCUGGAUCUAUGCAUCGCUGUCUUUGAUCAUUGUAUUUUUCAUUGGACUCGGUGUCUACUUCCAGCUGCAGCGACUCAAGCGUCGUCGCACCACCGCUCACGACGACUACGAGUUUGAAAUGAUUGAAGAUGAGGAUGAGAUGCAACCAAUGACUGGAACAUCUGGCCGGACACAGCGUCGCGGUGGCGAAUUGUAUAAUGCAUUUGCUGGCGAGAGCGACGAGGAAAUGUUCAGUGAUGAUGACGAGCCAUACCGUGAUGGGUCAGCCAAUAUCCGGGAGAAGCCUAGUGAAGAGGGAUCCUCCCAGGGUGGCGCCCAUCAGGAAAAGCCUUAA